AUGUCUGCUUCACGAUUAAUCUGUCGCCUCGCGCGACCCGUGCCAUCCAACUUUAGCACACUCUCAUCAUCAAGCCGUCAGUUCGGUACGUCGGCUCGACGCCUGCAAAAUGCCAGCGAUGAAGCUUCCAAGGCGACACAGCAGCACCGCGCCAACCAGGCCGACAAGCCUCCCAACCAAUUCGUGCCCAACACAACUUCAACCAUGACAAAAGACUUCCCCAAGGUUGGCGAGAAGCCGUCACCUCCGGAGAUGCUGAACUCGGUCGAGCCCAAUUACCGACCUGCCGACCCUUACCCGGGAAAGAUUGAGCAUUUCACCGGUGGUCGCCAGGACAAUGGUGCGCAAAAGCCCGAGCUUGGCGUUGGUGAGAUGGAGGGUAUCACUUUCAAGGUUGAGCCCUUGAAGCGCGUCGGAGAGGAGCUUGCGACCAAACGGGCACGCCUUCUAUGUUCGUUCACACCCAUGCAAGCAUCCGACCAAAGUCGCAAGCGCGGAAUCCUCGAGUCAGACCUGCUUCUCUCCACCUUCGCAGAUGUCAACUUGGGUAAGAUGAACUAUGACCAGCUCGUUGAGUACGAUAGCUUCCUCGAUGAGAACGACUGGGACAUCUACUACUGGGCGACUCAGGACGCCCCAGAGGACCUUCCUGCUUCCACUCCCAAGGAGGACACCAUCACCGAGACUUGGAAGGAGACCGGCGCCAAGAGUGGCGAAUGGGCGCAAACAAUUGGCGCCUUCAGAGCCGCUUACCGUCCCGUUCCGACACGUUGGCAGAAUUCCGAAGUGCUCACCCUGCUGAGGGAGCAUGUUCGUGAUAAGAGCGCCACUGGCUUUGAGAAAGCUAAGAAUAAGAAGACCGGUGGUGGCGGUUUGGGUAGGAUGCCUGAUGUUCAGGUCUUUGACAACUAA